GUAUGUGGAAAAUAUUUUGAUCCAACUAGAGUACUAGUAUUCUUGAAAUAUUUCAAAAUCUAUAUAUAUUUUCUGAUGAGUGAAGGAAUUACAAGACGAAGCGAACGGACGCGGUAAGAUGGCGUGUGGAAUGACCCCCGAGAUCGCAGAGAUGCUGGCAAACGUGGCCAAGUAUCAAGAGGAAGGGAAGAAGAUAUCGGCGGAAGAGUAUUUGGCUCAGGUCGAGCAUUCCAAACAGGCGCGCGAGCGGUACGAAGCUGUCCAAGCCAAGCUGGAACGGGAGCGGGGGUACGACUGGACUCGCGAAUAUGAGAGGUGGAGUGCGUGGGAAGAUCCUGACGAGCUCGCUGCGAAAGAACAUGCGGCGAGGGAAAAGUCCGAACGGGCGAACGCGCGUACAUCAUGCAACCACGAUCAUUCCGCGGAGCAAAAGCUCAUGGACAUGUCGACACGCGUCAAGUUGGAUAAGUGCGACACAUUCCGUCGACUCGGGAAUCGAUUCUUUGCGCAUGGACAGUACCAGCGCGCAGCAUACCACUUUCAUCACGCGCUCGUCUACUUUGAGUACAUCUUUGCCGAUACGGAUGCUGAACAAGACGAAAUGGACGAUUUGAAGAAGCGCACGUUACUCAAUUUCGCGCUCUGUCGCAUCAAGACGAAACACGUCGACCAAGCAGUCCUGCAUGCAUCGCUGGCUCUGAAGUUGGACGAGGACAGUGUGAAAGCGCUAUACAUUCGCGCAAUGGGCUACCGCAUGCAAGAUAAGUUCGAGUUGGCCCAGGCCGACUUAGAUCGCGCUCUGGCACUGGCACCACAAGAUGCGGCACUCAUUCAAGAGAAGCAUGUCCUGGUGGCAAAAAGGGCUGCAUAUGCAGUCAAGAGCAAACAACUUGGAGUGGCCAUGUUUGGAAAGGGGCGGUCCACCGCGAUGGACAAGGCGCCUGCCAGUGCUCCAUUCGACGAUGGGCUCUCACUGGCCCUAGAGUUUCGGCAACCCAUCGCCAGCUCGUUGAAUGUGGAGUCGUUGGAUUUCUGGCAGCCUUCAACGCGCGGGAAAGACGCGCUGGAAGCAUUGCUAGCCGACUGGACUCGCAGUGGUGAGAUUGCUCGACAGAAUGCCCCGAACUCGUCUCGGCGGCCGUAAGCGUCAAUUGUGCCUGUGCAAGAUCGAAAGUGUCGAAUGCCAUCGUGUGUGUUGAUUUCAACCAAUGAAACGCUGUGAUUCAAAAUCACAUAAUUUAAUUGGAGAAAAAGCAUUUUAUAUAUAGC